AUGUCGUCCAAGCAGGGCAGGCCUGCCGCCCGCCACGUCGCGGCGAGGUCCGGCGAUGGCGAGGGCGAGAAGCCGCGGGUGGGCCUGCUGGGCGUGGGGCUGAUGGGCAACAAGAUGGCGCGGCGGCUGCGGGAGCAGGGCUUCGACGUGUGGGUCUGGAACCGCAAUGCGGAGAAGGCAGCACCCCUUGCGGAGGCAGGCUGCACCGUCUGCGCCACGCCAGCGGAGGCGAUCUGGGAGACGGACGUGAUUGUUCUGACGAUGGCCGACGCGGGGGCGAUCAAGGAGGUCCUCGUCGACGACGACGCGACCCGUCAGACCCUGGCGAUGCGCACCGUCCUCCAGAUGGGGACUAUUGGCCCUGCUGAGUCCAGGGAGCUCAAGAAGGACAUCGAGCUCGCCGGCGCCGAGUACAUCGAGGCGCCCGUGCUCGGCUCGCAGCCCGAGGCGUCCAAGGGGACCCUCCUCGUGAUGGUAGGCUGCGACCGCGAGCCCUCCGAGACUCGCGCGUGGCCCGUGAUCGAGGCGCUGGGCAGCAACAUCCAGCACAUGGGCGAGGUCGGCGCAGGCGCGGCGACGAAGCUGGCGAUGAACCAGCUGAUCGGCGCGCUGACGACGGGCUUCGCGACGUCGCUCGGCCUGCUCACGAAGAACGGCGUCGACGCGUCGUCCGACUCCAAGUUCAUGACGCUGCUGCGGGACAGCGCGCUCUACGCGCCGACGUACGACAAGAAGCUCGACCGCAUGCUGCAGCGGGACUACAGCGGGCCGAACUUCCCCACGCGGCACCUGCUCAAGGACAUCCGGCUGUUCAUUCUGGAGGCGGAGAAGGCCGGCCUGGACACGUCGCUGCUCCUCGGGCAGGAGGCCGUCAUCGCGGACACGUGCGAGCGCGGGCUCGACGACACGGACUACUCCGCGGUCUACGACGGGGUCAUCGAGCCCGGCGUCGCGGCCGGGAAGUUCGCGAAGAUGAAGGCGAACGUGGAGCUCCUGCCGCCCGCGGACGGCGUGAAGCGCAUCGAGAUCACCGGCGGCGUGGACUGGCGCAUCGAGGCCCAGCCUGGAAAGAUGGCAUCCAUCGCCAUCUACAACGCGCUCGCGCAGCUGUACGGCGGGAAGCUGGACCUCAAGAGCGCGGCCAUGGCCCUCACGUGGUACGCCGAGGCGGUUGAGGACGCCAAGAAGAACCCCGGGAGCCACCCGAACGUGGACCUGUUGUUCAAGGUCAUUGAAGGCAACCUGGAGGCGACGGUGACGGCGCACGCGGACUGA